CCACUACAACCACCACCACCACUGCUAAGUAAAGGCCAGCCGGUAUGCCAUCUACAAAUGCGCCUCCUGGUCAUUUCAAGGUUCUCUACUUUGCCGCCGCGUCAUCCUACACUAAAAAAGACCAUGAGAUGUUAAAGGCGCCUUUGCCGGCCUCUGGCCUGCUCACGCUCCUGGGAAAUGAAUAUCCUGGGAUUGAGGCCCUGUUGAGCAGCUGCGCCGUAACGGUAAACCUGCAGUACAUUGACCUUGAAGAAGAGGAUGGCCAUUUGAUGAUAAAUGAAGGUGACGAAGUGGCUAUUAUUCCCCCAGUUAGUUCCGGAUGAUGUCUGUCUUUCCUAAAAGAGUCUGAACGACAGCUUGACUCGUUCUCUUAUGACCUGCAGCUACUCCGGUUUCUCACGGUCCUCAGCCUCGUGAGUCUUCGGUAGAAAAAAAAAUAAAGCUUUUAACGUUCCAAGCCCGCACCGGAUAUGCGGGUGGGAAAAAUAACAAGUAAAUAAAGAAAUAACUAAACAAACA